AUGGAUACAGCUAUUAGAGCUCCUUAAUACCUUCUCUCUACAUGAAUACAUAACUCAAGAAUCCAAAAAUUCCAUCGAGUCUGUGACGGUUGAUUUCGGUAGUUGAAGACUCUCUAGCUGAGACAGAAGCUUUAUGUCUUCUCUCUUUUCCUUAAUAUUUUGACAAUUGUCUGGUCAUCAGUUAACGCCUCAAAAGGACAAACUUCGAGGAAGAGAGAAGUUAAUAGAUACAAUGGAAUGUCUUCGCGUAUUUGCUUCGAUACCUAAAAUCUCUUUCUUCUCCGAUUCAAGAAACGUUCCAGCUCCCACGCGAUUCAUCCCCAGUUGCAGAGAGAGAAGUAGAGAAGAUUCACUCUCCAGCUCUUCACCGUACUCUGUACUCGGCGUAGAUCCAAGCUGCUCAUCUUCCGAGCUUAAGGCAGCUUUUCGUGCCAAAGUGAAACAAUAUCAUCCAGAUGUUAACAGAGAGGGAGGCAAUUCUGAUAUUAUGAUCCGUCGCAUAAUCCAGGCAUAUGAGAUGUUAACAAACUAUAGCCGAUCAGAGAUAAUUGAAGGAGAAUGCUUAGACCCUUUUGACCAUCCAGAGUGCGAGGCACUUGAUGUGUUUGUGAAUGAGGUCCUCUGUGUUGGAAAAAGGUGUUCGUACCCAUGUUUUAAAACAGCUCCGCAAGUCUUCUCAUGUGCUUCAAAUGGAACAGCUCGAGCAAUGUCUCAAGGCCAUGGGGAAGAUUACCGCUUACAGUCUGCAGUUAACCAGUGCCCGAGAAACUGCAUACAUUACGUCACACCUUCACAGAGAAUUGUUCUAGAAGAGUUACUAGACAGUGUUUUGGACAAACCUUAUGAUUGUUCCGCGGAGGCAGAGUUGCUGUAUGCUCUUAUAGUCAAAGCCCAGUUUGAGAACAAUCGGAAGCCAAAGAAGAAGCAACCUAAAUCUUCUAGCAAAAAUGUAGAGUGGUUCUGAAGUUAUAGUUCCCGCCUAUUUUCUAGUAACUGCUGUUACGGUUCUAAGAGCUCCACCUACAAACUGAGCGAAUUAGGUUUUUCUUUCUUAGGCAAAAUGCAUUAUUGACCUGAAUCUGUAACAGCUCCUUCCAACUGAAAAAUGAAAACAGAAGCGAUCAAUGUGUAUGAA